GCACGGCACUCCAUAAUUGACUGGUGAUAACGUAAUGGGUGAGUCACAUAUCGGUGUAUGCGUAACAAACAACGGCAGAUUAUAAUGACGUAGUCGUAGAUUUCAGCUGAUGGAACAGAUAGACAUGUAAUAUUGGGUCAUAUUACACUGUUGCUACAUAUGCAUGCAAGUCCUGUCCAUGUGGUAAGAGAUUCAUUCCGAAAGGCCAUUGAUCUGUGAUGUUUCUUGUAAAGCAGUUAGUCCUGUUUUAGUUCUCUGCUGCACACUGAUUGUACAAUGGAAUCUAAAGGUACGAGCUUGUUUCUUGAAUGCAGUCGAAGGUGAUGAUACUUAGGUCUUUGCACAGUCUGGGUACAAGAUGAAGCGUACGUCAUCUGGGUCUGCUGCCCAUGAGCAGGAGGUAUCUUCCAAUCGAAGGAACGUUCCAACGAGACUGAGUCAGGCAGCUGAGAGUAUGGCUCACAGGAGACCUCCUCUGCUCCUCAAUACCUCACAGUCGUCGUCAUCAUCGUCGGACUCAGCCGACUCGCCUGUCAUUGACGGUACCCCUCCCAUCAAUCAAGAGAGGAAUGUUCCAGACUUCGAAUUUGAUAGGACUAGAAUGACAAGUGGUCCGGCAAUGCCAGGGUACCCUGGACCUCGUCACCGUCAGGGGACGAGUCGCACAAUGACUCCUAUGGACUUUGCUAGUAAUUUGAGGAAUGGUUCUUUGCAUCACAGCAGACAAGUGGCUUCUUCAUCUCAAGCUAGUCCUACUCCUAACCUCAGAAUACCUCACCUGGCAAACGUUCCUGUGACGAACCAACGUACCAUGCUUCAUGCCAGGCGUAUGAUGGAGCGUCGCACUUCACCACCGUCCAAUGACGACAACUCUUCACUCGCAUCUGCAGCCGAAGGGAUCAUUGCAGCCGAGGGGAUAAUGGCAGCUGAGUCAGCAGCAUUGACAUCGCUCCAAUUGCGGAUACCAGGAUUGCCUUCCUCAUCGGGAUAUCCAUCUCCUACCACAUUCAUCUCCUCAGAAACCUAUCCUUACCCCUACCACAACAUGACUACUUCAACCUUGUCUCCAUCCUCCUCCACCACCUCUUCAUUCCCUAGAGACCAGACCCAGUCCUCACAAACUGUUCCUUUGAGAAAUGGGCCAGGUUCCUCCAAGCAUACUGCAGGUACAUCUACUCUGAAGCGAGCUGGUCCUUAUUUGCUGGGGCCAAGGCUUGGCACAUCGCCUGUCCGAAGCAUUGUCCAAUGUUUAGCCAGGAAAGAUGGCAGUGAUGACUUUUAUUCUUUAAAGAUUCUGACUUUGUCUGAGAGUGGACGAGAGAAUCAAGAUGAAAGACAAGGGAAAAUGCUCCUACACACAGAAUACUCCUUGCUGUCUUUGCUAAGAGAUCAAGAAGGGGUUGUACACCAUCAUGGACUCUUUCAGGACCGUGCCUAUGAGAUCAGACCCGAUGCAUCCAGCAGUGGAAGAAAGACGUCUUACAAGAAGAGGUUGUGUCUUGUCUUGGACUGUCUGGUGUCACAUGACUUCAGCAGUCGGACGGUGGACCUUGUUAAUCUCCAGCAUCAUGUGAUUCAUGAGAAGAAGUUAAGUGAGAAGGAGGCCGUCUAUAUCUUUCAUGAUGUAGUCAGUAUCGUGGAGAGUCUACAUAAGAAAAACAUUGUUCAUCGUGAUUUGAAGUUGGGCAACAUGGUACUCAACUGCCACACACGCAAGAUAACUCUCACCAACUUCUGCCUUGGCAAACACCUCGUCAGUGAGCAUGACCUCCUCAAGGACCAACGAGGGAGCCCUGCUUAUAUCAGCCCAGAUGUAUUGAGUGGGAAACCAUACUUGGGUAAGCCAAGUGACAUGUGGGCACUGGGUGUUGUACUGUUCACCAUGCUGUAUGGUCAGUUUCCAUUCUAUGAUAGUGCCCCUCAGGAACUUUUCAGGAAGAUCAAGGCAGCAGAGUUCACCAUUCCUCAAGAUGGGCGUGUAUCUGAGAAUACAACAGGUCUUAUCAAGAGUUUGUUAGUCUUAGAUGCUUCUACCAGACUUACUGCAUCACAGGUCAUAGAGUCAGUCAAAACUACAUUGGCCAUGUGGAAAUCAAUGGCAAUGCAAGGUGAGCAACUUCAGGUGGUCCCUGACAUCGACCAUGGCGACAGCGAUUCACCGGUCACCAAGAAACCCUGCGAUUCUUCAGCGACGGCAGCGGCAUCCUCGUGCAGUAAGGCCAUCCCCGCUGAUUGGGAACUAAAGCUGCAUCAGAAGUCCCAGCCAUCUCCCGUCGUCACCAACUACAGGGCUCCAAGGUCUCCCCUCUCGGCCCAUCGCCAUCCUCCGGUAAGGCAGUUCAGUCACGAUGCCCAACCUCUCUCGGCAGCAGAGGCAGCUAUCUUCUUCAACGCCCGGUCAUGACAUCGUUUCUGAGGCCAUCCUCUCAUCAUUUGUUGAACUAUGAAGCACAUUUGCCUAAAUUAUCAUCCUCUAUUGAAACAGCUCAGUGAUGAUGUGUAGCGUCUUUUUGAAGCUGAGGCAGCAAUCUUCUUUAAUGCUUAGUCAUGAAAUUGCUUCUGAUUCCAAGUUCUCUUCAUUCUGUGCGUUGAACUACGAAGUGCAUUUCCCAAAUCAUCAUCCACCAUUGAGAAGCUCAGCGAUGAUUGCGCAGCGUGUUUCGAAAGCAGAGGUUGCCAUCUUCUCAAUUUCUUGGUCAAGAUAAUUAUUCUUUUACAUUUAAUGCAUCUUGUGUCAUGGAAUAUUUUUGCCACUCCUGUCAGACACCUCAGUGGUAAUGUACAUUACCUCUCGGCAGCAUUGGGAGCCAUCUUCUAAAUUUCUUGGUCUUUUUGAUAAUUACUUCACUAAUUUUGCAUUUAAUGCACCUUUUGCUCUGAAACAUGUUGGCCUUGAGCUGCUCCUCUCAGAAAAUUGCUCCAAGGUCUCACCUCAUACUUUGUCAGGUUUGCCACAGUUCAGAUUCAAAAUGAUAUACCGGUAAUUAUGAUAACAAAUUCCAAAUUUUCACCUUCAUUAUACAAUUGCUUACCAUAAUUCUCAACUUGAUAUUUAUGUUGAUCAUCAUUUAAAAGACUAGGUCCUUGUCACAAAGAUAUACAAUCAAUAUUUGCAAUCUAUUGCACUCAUCAGUUUUAUAAUUAAUUAUAUAGUUUGUAAUACAGGGCCUUGAAUUUCAGUCCAGCGAUAUUGAAUACAUCAUGGAAUUUUUAAUAUUCAAGCAAAUUAUGGAAAUAUAUUAUUCACACCUUUGCCACACUUUAUUCUGUUCGAUCAUAUCAUUUCUCAUAUCCCAGUUUGUUCAUGGCUCGAACAGAGUGUGCAUACUCCCAGUAUUAUAUCUCCCUCACUAUAUACACUAUUCAUGUAUAUACAUCUGAAGAUCUGAUUAUAUGAUAUAUUUUCCUUGAUCAUUUUCAUGUUUUUAUGUUUGAAAUUGAAAAUUUGUGAUAGGAAUGUAUACAUGUUACAUUUUUAUGUUCUUGUUUCCCCCUAUGAUUAAAUGAAUUUAUAUUCGCAGUCAUACUUUUUAAUAGAAAUUUUGUGUAGAUCAUGUAUUUUGUUUAUGUAGAUGCAUACAAAUUCAAUGUUUUGUAUAUUUUUUGUUUAUGUUUUUUAUGUAGUGUAAUUUUGUUGCACUCUUUUUUAAUUUUCCUUUUAUAUUGUAUCAAUGAAGCUUUUGAUACAUUCCUUAAAUUGUAUUAUAUCAUGAAAUAUGAAAUCUGUAAAUGUGAAAUAUGAAUGCAAAAAGCAAUGUGAAUUGAAAUGGAUCUCAGAAUAGAGCUAUCCUAUGGUCAUCUCGCUUUUUCAAUUCUUUCAAACAUUUUCAACCCAGUAUACAUUUAAUAAGACUGAAUUUUAUUUUGACUAUUCGUUAACAUCUCAUGAGGAAAAAUUGUUCUGCUUUGUCAGAAUUCCUAGUCAGCACUUAUUAGCCACCUACUCUCCCAUUUUGAGAGGUGAUUGAACAGAAAAACACAUACAUGGUUUGACAUGAAAUAAGAUUUAAUACAAUUAUGCCUUAAAAAUAGAAAAAUUCAUUCAAAGGUAUUUGUUAUCUUUUAUAUAGGAGAAGAAAUACAAUUAUUAAUUAUU